AUGUUUGAUGCUGUUAACUUUUGGAGUUGGACCGCCAUCGGUGUCGUUUGGACAAUUGCAUUCUACAGAUGGUUGGGUAUUCAUGGUCAGAAAAUGACAAGAAAUGAGAUAGUCUUCUUCGAAGCUGCGAACCUUUUGGAAGUGGAUCCUCCAGUCUUUCGUUUUGGACUGCCUGAAAUCGCAGAUGAUUGUCUGACACCAGGAGACGGAGAGCAAAGAGAACACCCACAACCUCAGACUCUAUGGGAUGCUCUUUUCACGGAUGAGAAGAAAAUUCGAAUGGACAGAUUCUACAAAAAACAUUAUGGAAGUGUUCAUGCAACUGCUUCGAAAGCAUUGAUGGAAUACGAAUUAGAGCAAGCAAAGGAGAAGGAGAAACUACUGAAAAAAGUGCCUCCUCCGUUGCCGACGACUUCCACUUCUAAAUCCCUCUAA